AUGCCAUCGCAGGUCACCGCGCGAGCCUCCGUGUACCUCAGCGACUCGUACAAGAAGUGCAACCCGAGCUUUGGGUACUCGAGCAACCUCAACCCUCGCAGGCAGCUGACCAAGCCGUCUGAGCCCGCGGGCAACAACGGGCACGACAACGAAAACUCGGACCUCAUCAUCAGCGUCAACGACGUGCUCGUGUCGGACGACGGCGCCAGCGGUGAGUACGAAGUCAGGGAUGUGCUCGGCAGCGGCACCUUUGGCCAGGUUGUGAGGUGCCGCCAGAAGGGCACUGGCAAGGCGGCGGCCAUCAAGGUGAUCAAGAACCACCCGGCGUACUUCCACCAGGCGCACGUGGAGAUUGGCAUCCUGCACAUGCUGAACACCGAAUGCGAUCAGAGGGACGAGCGGCACAUCGUGCGGAUGAUGGACCACUUCGUGCACCGGUCGCACCUGUGCAUAGUAUUCGAGGUGCUGAACAUCAACCUGUACGAGCUCCUGCGCCAGAACAACUUCAGGGGCCUGUCCAUGUCUCUGGUCAGGGUUUUCCUCCGGCAGCUGCUCGCGGCGCUGAGCGUGCUGCGCGGCGCGAACGUGAUUCACUGCGACCUGAAGCCCGAGAACAUCCUGAUCAAGUCGCUCGACACGGGUGAAAUCAAGCUCAUCGACUUUGGCAGCGCGUGCUUCCAGAACAGAACUGUGUACCAGUACAUCCAGUCCCGGUUCUAUCGGUCCCCCGAGGUGGUCCUCGGAGCGCCGUACGGCAUGCCGAUCGACAUGUGGAGCCUCGGGUGCGUCGCCGCGGAGCUUUUCCUGGGUCUUCCCCUGUUCCCCGGCGCGUCGGAGUAUAACCUCUUGUCGAGGAUCUGCGAGACCCUCGGCACGCCCCCAGCCGGGAUGAUCUCCAAGGCUUCAAACUCGCACAAGUUCUUCCAGCGCACCGACGAGAACGCCGGGAUCGACGGCGCGUCCAACGCGUCCUACCGGUUGAUGACCCUGGACGAGUACGAGCGGAGGACGGGCAAGAAGACGCCUGUCGGCAAGAAGUACUUCAAGCACACCAAACUGGCGGAUAUCAUCCAAUCCGUCGGGUUUUCCAGCGGCCUGACCGACGAGCAGAUCGCCAAGGAGCGCACCCAGCGCUCGGCACUCCUGGACUUUCUUCAGGGUCUGCUGCAGGCGGAUCCGAACGACCGCUGGACCCCGGACCAGGCACUUCAGCACCCGCUCAUCACGGAGGCUCCGUUCACGGGAUCCUGGACACCGCCGCCG